AUGAGAGCUUCAUCAUAUACCCAGAAGAGCCUGCAAGUGAGCAGCUCCAGUGGCAGAGUCAGGGUUCAGAGUCCAUCACCUUCUCGUUGCCGUGGAUCCUCUUAUGAUAGCCGUGGGCGCUCCGGUAAUCGUGGAACUGCCAUCGAGUUGGGCACUGAGAUACAUCAACACCAUGCCAACGAGAAAGAGGAGAUGCAAGAACUCAAUGUCAAGUUUGCAGGUUACAUCUCAAAGGUCCAGGCACUUGAGCAGAGAAAUGCCUCUCUUCAAGCUGAGCUGGAGGCGCUGCAAAACCGGUAUAAAGGAAGCCCCGUAGGCAUCGGCGAUGAGUAUGAGCUCAAGUUCAAAGAGGUGCGGGAGCUGAUUGAGAGCCUGACUAAUGAGAAGGGAGCAGCAGAUAUUGAACGAGGCUACAUUGAAGAGGAGGUUGAAGUAUGGAGACUGAAGCUGGAAGAGGAGAUGGCGCUCAAAGAAGAAGCGGAGCUGAUUCUAAAGGAGUUUCGUCAGGAUGUUGACAAUGCCACGCUUCAAAAAGCAGAGCUCGAAAAGCGCAUAGAACAACUGGUGGCUGAGAUAGAGUUUCUCAAGAAGCUGCAUGAUGAAGAGGUGGCUGACCUCAUGAAGCAGAUUGAGGACUCAAAGAUUUCUGUCGAGAUGGACGGUGAUCGUCCUGACCUGGCUGCUUAUCUGCGCAACAUGCGUGCAGAGAUAGAAGCUGUUGCUGCCCGCAACGUCCAGGAAGCUGAGAAGUGGUACAAGGGUAAGUUUGACACCCUGAAGGAGCAUGCAGGCAAAAAUGAAGAGCAGAUGAAGACCAUGAAAGAAGAAAUCUCAACCUUCCAUAACCAGGUGUCAGAUCUACAGAACCAGAUUGAUUCUCUGAGGGCUCGCAAUGCCGCCCUUGAGCACCAGUUGGAUGAAAUGGAAAUCUCCCACUUGGAUAAGGUGGGCGGUCUAGAGAGCAUCAUCGCUCAGCUGGAGGCCCAACUCUGUGACACCAAACUAGAGAUGACCAAGUAUCUUCAAGACUACCAGGAACUGCUGCACAUUAAACUCAAGUUGGAUGCAGAGAUCGCAACCUACAGGAAGCUGCUGGAAGGAGAAGAACAGAGGCUUGGAAUUACCAAAGAAGAUAAUUAAAUGUUGAGGAUGAGAGCUGUGGCAUGUCCAGAAAGGUCAUGAAGAAAACUGGCAGUGCAUUGUGGAGCAGAGGAAUCGCCUCAUUCUUCUUAGAGACUCAAAAUAAUAUCUGUCUAUUCAUUAUUCAUAGGGCUGGGUAUUGUUGAACAUGU